AUGACGUCCGUGUCGCAGCCCGCGCGCUGCGUCCUCACGGGCGAGCCGCUGAUGGAGCUGGUCGUCGAGGGCGUCGGCGGCAAGACGGGCGUCGUGCCGCUGGCAUUGGACGGCGUCGACGUCACCGCGCGGCUCGACGGGCAGCAGAACGUCGACCACAGCGGGCCCCUGCGCGGCGAGGGGGUAGGCCACUGCGACGGUGAGAGCAAACUGGAGGGCCUCGACGUGCUGCAGGACUUCGGCUAUCGCCAGCCCUUGCGUGGCAAGGGGGUAGGCCGCGGCGAGGGCGUGAGCAAGCUGGUUCAGGCUGCACCCCGAUCCUGGCCAAAAUCUCCAUGGGGUCCUUCAGCAGGAGAAACCGUGGGCAUCGGCGUGCCGAAGGACGUCGAGCACGGCGAACCCCUGCGCGGCACGGGGGUAGGCCACUGCGUGUUCGAUGGCAAGCUGGAGGGCGUCGACGAGUUGCACGACGUCGACCACGGUAACCCCCGUGUGGCGAGGGGGUCGGCCAUUGCGAGUGCGAGGGCAAACUGGAGGGAGCGACGUGCUGCAGGACGUCGACCACGGUGGACCCCUGCGUGGCGAGGGCGCAGGCCACGGGGAGUGCGAGAUCAAGCUGGAGGGCCUCGACGCGAUGAGGUGCAAGCUGGUGGGCAUCGGCAAGAAGGGCAGGCCGAGGAAGAAGGACAAGGCCGCGCAGGCGACGGAAAGCGCCCCAGGCCUGCCCACCGCGGACGACGCCGUCGAGCGGACCAGGCAGGAGCUCAGUUUGGCCUCCGCCGAGUGCCACGAGCUGGAGGCCCAGCUCGCAGCCGCCCGCGCGACCUUGCCAUCGAGGAGAUCGAGGUGCGCGCGGCGGCGGUGGAGCUGGCGGCGGCGGGCGGGGUCGACCCCCCCGCCUGA